UGCUGGGAGCCUGGUGACACUGUGGGAUGCUUUGAUAAGCAGUAUGAACACAAGGGCAGGUGCUGCAACCGGUGUCAGCCAGGGGAAAAGCUGGUCUCUGAAUGCAAUGACACAGGAGACUCUGUUUGUGCCCGCUGUGAGAGUGGACACUAUCAGCAGAGCUGGACCAAGGAAAAGCACUGUACCCCCCAUGAUAUUUGUGAAGACAAUGCUGGCCUCAUUGUGAAGACACAAGGAAAUGCAACGCACAACACCGUGUGCCAGUGCCAGGCUGGCAUGCACUGCUCUGAUGCUAGCUGCCAGACCUGUGUGGAGAACCAGCCCUGCCAGCGUGGCUUUGGCUUCGUGGCAGCCAAGGCCAUGGCCCGGAUGUCUUCCCCCUGCGAGCCCUGUGCAGAAGGCACCUUCUCCAAUGUCUCUUCUAAAACCGAGCCGUGCCAUCCCUGGACAAGCUGUGAAGAAAAGGGGCUGGUGGUGAAGGCGCAGGGGACGAACACCUCGGAUGUGAUCUGCGAGUCGAGCAGGCGCUCCUCGCUGUCGGUGCUGAUCCCCAUCACGGCUGCAGUUGUCACGUGCCUCGUGGGCAUCUGCAUCUACUGCCUGGUCCACACAGAUCCCAGGCGACAAAAGCAGAAGCAGGAGACCUUGCUUGGAGGCCAGCCCGUGGCCCAGGAGGAUGGCAAGGAGAGCCGCAUCUCGGAGCAGGAGAGGCUGUGA